CCCAAUUCUUUCUCUCCACGUCUCUGCUUUUCACCUCUUUGUUGAUCUUUGUGUAGUUCCAAAAUGGAGGGAUUAUCGGUUGACCAGAUGAACCGAUAUGCCAGUCCAAUCAAUCCUGCGGUCUUUCCCCAUCUGACUGUUGUUCUGCUUUCUAUUGGAAUAUUCUUUAUGGCCUGGUUCUUUGUCUAUGAAGUCACUUCCACCAAGUACAGUAGAGAUAUCUACAAGGAACUGCUGGUCUCAUUAGUGGCAUCUCUAUUUAUGGGAUUUGGAGUGCUUUUCCUGUUACUCUGGGUUGGAAUUUAUGUAUGACAAGAAGUACAUGACCAGAGAAACCAUCUACAAAAACAACAGCCACACUAUAACAAUUUUCAAGAAAGAAAAGUCUUGCUGAGCAUGGCACCUCUCAUUGUGGACACUUGUAUUUUACUAAAACAGAAUUUCCUAAACGAUUGUAAUGAUAAUAAAGAAGUUUAGUUGUAUUUGCUAA